AUGCAGAAUGCUUACUGGAAUUGCUCAUCAAAAAUAUGGAUUAUGUGGAAUGAUGAUUGGUUAGGGGAAGUUGUUAGGGACAAUUUGCAGCACUUGACCAUGCAGUUUAACAAAAACAAUGUAGAGAUAUUGUUCACAGUAGUACACACUAGAUGUGAUGCAAGAGAAAAGCUUGAGCUAUGGGAGGAACUAGAAGUCGUAGCCCAAGAAAUGUCUCUUCCAUGGUUGGUGGGUGGAGAUUUUAUUGUAAUACGGAUCGAAGAGGAAAAAGAAGGCGGGGUAGAUUUCACCCAUCUUGAAGCUGUUGAUUUUAACCAGUGUAUAAAUAAUUGUGCCUUAACAGAAUUGAGGUACUCGGGGAGUAAAUAUACAUGGUUGAAUGGCAGGAUCGAAAGGGCGUGUAUAUUCAAAAGACUGGACAAAGUAUUAUGCAAUCAAGAGUUUCUUAAUAUACUUCCAUUGAGUGAGGUCCUUCAUCUCAUGAGACAAGGGUCAAGCCAUGCCCCCCUACAUGUCUUAUGUGGAUCUGAAGAGGAGAUAACAGUGCGACCAUUCAAAUUUCUUAAUUUUUGGACAAAACAUCCAAAUUUUAAGAAGAUCAUCGAAGAGAACUGGAAAGUGGAGUUCGAGGGAUGCCCAUUCAUAAAGUUUCAAUCGAAAAUAAAAAAGAUAAAAGGAGUUCUAGCAAAAUGGAGUAAGGUCACUUUUGGUGAUGUAUUUCAGAGCAUUGCCACUCUAGAAGAUGAGAUUAGGGUGAAGGAAUGCCAACUAGAGAUAAACCCAACCGCUGAGAACAGAUCUGAAUUAAAUAAGGCUGAAGCGGAGUUGAAAAAAUAUUUGUAUAUUGAGGAAGAGUUCUGGAAGCAAAAGGCGGGAAUGAAGUGGUUUAAGGAUGGAGACAUGAAUACCAAAUUCUUUCACAAUUAUGUAAAAGGAAUGAGGAAAAAGCUUCACAUAGCUGAAAUUCAAACUGAGCAAGGAGAUAUGUUGGCAAAAUAA